AUCAGGGAAGAUCUGUGAUGCUGUUCAUGGACAGCAUGCUUUGUUAUUGAAGACAUCAUAUUUGCACACCUUCCCACAGCCUUUUGCAUUGCCAUUCCUGAAUCACUCUAUUUGCAAAUGUCUGCAAAAGAUUUGAAGGUACAAAUUCUUGAAGGAAAGUUAGGGAGGAGGCAGAGGAGUGUUAAAAAGUCCCUCUGCAAGGCAGAAGUCUGUACGCCACAUGAGGGAUGCCAGAGUUGCUCUUUACAAGAUGUUGGGAGUCAAAGCUAUGAUCAGAGAAGAUGGCAGAGUGCAGUGGUUUGGAUGUAAAAGGGAAACACAACGAUGCUUCCCAUCAGUGCAAGGCACACCUUCAUACAUCCUGUCCCACCGCAACACGCCGCCAUGUUGCCGGCGCAACAUGCGGCGGAGCGCCGCGCACGUUCUGCGAGCGCUCGCUCAAGCCGGCGCGCGCUGCUGGCUGGAGACCACGUCCCUGCUGGGCGCUGUCGUGCGUGGAGACCUUCUACCUUGGGCCGAGCACGUGGAAAUAGGCAUCCAUGCGUCCGACGUGCCGCGCGUGCCGUGGCUGCAGCGCGGAGGCGCCGACCCCGAGGGGUAUGUGUGGGAACGAGCAACUAAAGGACACUACUAUCGAGUGGCGUACUCUGCAACCAACAACGUGUACGUGCUAGUGCUGCCGUUCGCGGCCAAGAACGGGACCAUGUGGCCGGCGGACUGGGUGCUGGCGCAUCAGAAGCCUUUCCCGGAGAGGCACUUGCAUCCGCUGGCACAGAUACAAUUCGCUGGAAAGCAGGCACCGGCGCCGAACGACGCAAGCGCUUUCUUAGACCUUAAACUGGGCGCUUCGGCCAUCGAGAGGUGCAACCGAAUUGGACCCAAGCUGCUAUACCCAUAAGAACCAUUUUAAAUGAACACACAAUUCAAUCACAACUCAAGAGAUCGAUCGAAGUUUAGUGAACGUUUCCAUUUUUAUCCUGACUGGUUGUCAUCGUAGACUCUUAGAAGUGUCAGGAUUAAAAUCGAUUAUACGAUUACGUAUAUCAGAUUUGACAGAAUGGGAUGGGAAUGUGUACCACAUGAGACACCACACCAUAUAGUAGAGAUGGGUCAAAUAUUAAUAACUUCCGUAUUUGACGAUCGGUCUGGCCUAGCGCGUUGAGACCCUGCCUGCUACGCCGCGGUCCCGGUUCGAAUCCCGGUAAGGGCAUAUAU